AUGACUGUAGUUAAACUGAGUCCUGAUGACCUCUGCAUUGCUAGCAUGGUUGCAGCUUAUGAGAAGAAGAAUUUGUUGGAUAAGGCCUUAAAUCUUUUAAUGCAGCUUGAAAAGGAUGGGCGCGAGCACGGGGUUGCAACUCUAGGCGUUCUGGUGAAUUGGUUGGUUAAGUUGCAACUAAUUGACGAAGCUGGACAAGUAUUGGGCAUGAUUGCUGAGAAGGGUGGCUCUCUUCCUUUCAAGUCUCUUCUAAGCCUUUGUGAUAUGUACUCAAGGGCUGGGACUGGGGCUGAGAAGAAGGCUCGUCAAGCCCCCGGGGGUGUUGAGGCUGAGGAGGAGGAGCUUUUGGCGCCAUUGGUCUUUGAGAAUAUUAUAAAGGGGCUUUUAGCUGGUGGGUUUGUACAUGAUGCUCAAAGGGUAUGUAGGGUGAUGGAGACCCAGGGAUUUGCAGCAUCACAGCCGCUUAAGGUGGCUUUGUCGGUGUCUCAAUCCUUUGGCCUCAAUAGACCAGUGAAAUAG